ACAACUUCGAUGUUCAGCUGUCAUAACACAAAUCACAUUGAAAAAUCAAAGUUACGAAAACUUGGGAAAUUUUAAAACUUCUAUACAUUUAGGCCCCGCUUGAUUGGUGUCUCGAAAACUUUGUCUAUCCCACAGCCAUGGGAAACACAGUAUCCGCAGCGGAGAAGGUUGCUUCAAACAUAGUGCCCAGCACGUUGUCAAGGGGAGAAGAAGCAACACUCCCGAAAGGACAUCCGCCCGUCGGUGACAAAGCGGCCAUGGGCGGUAAUCCGCCGCCCGAGUGUCCGAUGCACCAAAAACAGCAACCCAAAGAACAGCCUGUGCUGGUUUCGGAAUGUCCAGUGAAACAUGAUGGCGCUGACGUAAAUCCGCUCAACAUGAUGCCACCAGCAAAUCAAAACCCUGCCCCAGGACAACCAUUCCCGCUUCCUACUGACCGUCAAGUGUCGUCCAUCCCCAAGGCAACGGCCGAUGGAAAGCAAGAAUUCUGGCUAUACCCAAGCCAGCAAAUGUUCUGGAACGCAAUGCUGCGCAAGGGUUGGCGCUGGGAAAAGGAUGACCUUGCCCCGAAAGAUAUGGACGAUAUCAUUAAGAUACACAAUGCCAACAACGAACAGGCCUGGCAGGAGGUACUUAAGUGGGAAGCUCUGCAUGCCCGUGAAUGUGGCAAUCCGCGUUUGAAAAGUUUCGGCGGUAAGGCAACAGAUUACAGCCCGCGGGCAAAGAUUCGCAAUAUGAUGGGGUACGAGCUUCCGUUCGAUCGUCACGACUGGAUCAUCGAUCGGUGUGGCAAGGAUGUGCGCUACAUUAUUGACUACUACGACGGGGGCAUGGUUGACGAGAAGUACAAAUUUGCGCUGCUGGAUGUUAGACCCGCUAUGGACUCGUUCGAUAAUGUUUGGGACCGUAUGAAGGUGGCCUAUAUGCGAUGGAAGUUUGAGCUGGAAGACAAACUGAAGGAGUUGACAAAUUAAGCUUU